AUGAAGCUUCUACGUACAAGUGACAACGUCCAAGGUGCUGCUACUACAGCGGGUACUUCCCAACUUAAGCAGGUUGAAGUAAAGACUUUCCAUGAGAGGUAUACAGCAGGAGAGACUACUGGCGGUCUGAGCGUACUGUUCACUAUACUAUGUAUUGUGGAUCUAUUUGGAGUGUUCCCUGUUGUAGCAUUACCGAAGAGUAUUAUUUCUUGUGGUGUUUACGGGAUACCGCUAGUGAUAUCAGUUUUCGGAGUUCAGUUGUAUACUGCGGUACUGUUGGGUAGAAGUUGGCUUCUGGCACACGAGAUAUCACCGAAUAUUAGGGAAAAAAUCCGGUUCCCGUACGCGGCACUAGCGGAAUUAGCUUUCGGUGACCAAGCGAGAACAAUAGUGACGUUUUUAAUAGAUGCGACGGUUUUUGGCGCUGGAGUUCCUAAUUUUAUUUUCGCAUCACAAAGUCUUCAGAUGUUCUGGUGGAAGAUAACUGACGGGGGAGUGCGUGUCUCGUACUGCCUGUGGAUGAUUGUUCUUGGCGUUUUGCUAUGUCCUGUGAUGUGGCUUGGUUCUCCUAAACAUAUGAAGCCCGUAGCUCUAACAUCGGCGUGUAUAGUGACGACGGUAGCGAUAUGCACCUGGUGCUGCAUCUACUUGGACGACGCGUCGCCGCCGCCUUCGGGCGACGUGCUGCUGUACUCGCCCAGCGCACGGGACUUCUUGGUCGCUUAUGGGAUUAUUGCUUUUCAGUUCGACAUCCAUCCCAUGCUUCUUACACUGCAAGUGGACAUGAAAGACAGCCGAAAAAUCAACUCCGCUGUACUCGGCGGCUUCAUCGUCACGGGCAUCAUGUUUAUGAUCACCUCUCUGUUAGCAGCCAACAGAUACGGAAAUCACGUAGAAAAUAAUAUAUUGCAAGGAAUGCCACCAUCAGUUCCUCUGUUCAUAGUAGCGUUGCUGGUGACACUGCAGCUGUGUCUGUCGAGCGCAGUCAGCAGCACUGCGCUCUUCCAACAUAUCGAAGAUUUACUCAAUAUACCCCAAGAAUUCAACAUAAAACGUUGCCUACUCCGCUCAGGAAUUGUUGGCAUGGCUGUCUUCCUUGGCGAAUCAGUACCUAGGUUCGACCUUGUCAUGGGGAUAGUGGGUUCCACACUCACCGGACCAAUUAUGUUUGUUUUCCCGCCAUUAUUCUUCCUUCGACUUUGCUACAUACGGACAAAAAUAAGAGACGCUGUACAAUCACGAGUAAAACAUAAAACUGUUCGUUUCGCUGACGUUGACAGCUAUCAAAAUGGAGACGUGUCAAAAUCGCCGUUAAUUUUAAACAGGGCACAGACUAAAUACAGAACGUUCACACAUUUCGAAGACAAUAGUCCUGAUAUUGAUAAGAAUGAUUAUACAAUCAAAUGGUAUGACGUUUUAUGUGCUAUUGUUGUUAUGUUAAUGGGAAUAUCUGCAACAAUCGUAGCUACAUAUUCUAGUUGGUCGGAGGCUGUCUCGUCGGCAACAUUUUCGACGCCAUGCCUGUUGAACGCCAGCGCUGCGGCUAGGUACUUCAUUGAAAGUACUCGUUUGGAA